AUGAUUGCUGGAGCUGCUGCUUAUUUACCGUUAUUAGUAUCUCGAACUUCCGUUUGCACCCGACUCCGAGACAUCCAGACAUACACAGCCUUGACCAAUUGUCUUUGCAAUUUUCUGGACGAACAUACCGAGCAAACGUCUACCACAAGUUCGCCUAUCCUCCCCAAAACAAGACCCGUGGGCGAAAAGAAGGCACUUGCUAUCUUGAACAUCCUCCUACCUGAAAAUAUCCAUGCUGCAAUCGAGGCCGGCAUUGUCAGUCGCUGGCUCUGCAAAUACCCAUUUCCCUGUGCGUUGCGCGAGCCUUCACGUCGACAGGACGUGGCUAUUCUCAUGAAAGCAUGGUGGGCAGAUGACGCAGUCAUGAGUUCCAUAUUUGGAACAUUGACCUCGCAUCCCGAUGGUAUCAAGCAACUCCGCAAACAUGGUCUUAUGGGCAGCAUGAUUGAGGAGAAUGACCAGGAUGACGAUGAAGAUGAUGAAGAUGGCGACGAUGACGACGCAGACAGCGAUGUGUGGAUGGUGGACGGAGAGGAUACAGCUGGUGCAUACCCCGAAUCCUCGCCGAGAAGGCAUCGAGAAAGCAACGCUGCAGAGCAAGCACUUCGUCGACGGCGGAGGGAAGCGAUGGUAUUAAGUGAAGGAGGACGGCCGCUCGGAAGAGCUGAUAUCAUUCAGAGACCAGUCCAAGAAUGA